AUGUCUAAGAAGGAUUUGCAGACGAAGUCCUCUUCGGGCGUGCCAUGCGACGAGCCGUCGAUCAUGGGCCGCUUCGGGUGGGCACAGUUCGGUAAUGUCUGCCUUCCGUACAUCUACCGGAAGUCUUCUACCGAGACUGAGAAGUACUUGUCGGCGCGCAUGUUCGAGCUGAAGCUCGGCACUUACCUCAACUACUUCCAACCGGACGUAUACGAGAGAUGCGUGCACGUGCCCAGCUACUACAUCACAGACGCGGAGGCGCGUCUGUUCAACGAGGUGAACGACAAGCACUGCGACGGCCUGUUCGGGAGCGACAAAUUCACGAGAAAGGAUCUGGUGGUGCGAGUGGUCGAUGCCAUCAACUUCUACCAAUUCCUGAACGACUGCUAUCGGAAGCUGGUGAACGGCAGCAACAAGUCCUCGGAUAAAUUUGGCUUCAUCCGGAUUAAGAAGGAGUCCGUCAUCCCGUACACGGUGCAUAACGAAGAGCGGGUGUUGCCACUCUCUCACUUCCGGAUCGAGACGGAGAACCUGGAGACCAAGGCGGUGUUGCUCAACGGCUGGGACCUGGCCUACCUCAAGUUCUGCUGCAAGGUCCAGGGCGUAGCCAACGAGUACUACUCCGGCCAGAACGUGGCCGUCAUGUCGCUGACGGACAUCAAGAGCGCCUUCCCCAAUGGCACCGAGUUCGAGGACUAUUGGCCAGUAUUGGACACCAGCCUGCUCAUUGGCAAUCGGGCCAAUGUUAACGUUAACUCCGUCAAAUGGAAUACCCCAACGCCGUUGGUCCGCUCCGCAGCCGCCCAGAAUGCCAAUCACAUGUCUCUGGCAGCGUCAGCGACCCACCAGCAGCAGCAGCGCGUUGCGGCUAUGGAUAGCUGCAAUGUGAACUGA